UGCGGGUGUCUCCGCCCGGGUGUGGGUGCCGCGCCUCUGACUGAGCCUGCCCGCCGCGCCGCCCGGUGUCGCCGCUGCCGCCGCCGCAUCCCGCGGUCACCAUGACCGUGAUGAGCAUUAGGGCUACAGACUGUUGUGUACUUGCUAGACAAAGCUAACUUCAGCAUGCUCAAGAGGAAGCAGAGUUCCAGGGUGGAAGCCCAGCCAGUUACUGACUUUGGUCCUGAUGAGUCUCUCUCAGACAACGCUGACAUACUCUGGAUUAACAAGCCAUGGGUUCACUCUUUGCUGCGCAUCUGUGCCAUCAUCAGCGUCAUUUCGGUUUGUAUGAACACACCAAUGACGUUUGAACACUACCCUCCUCUCCAGUACUUGACUUUCACUCUGGAUACUUUACUAAUGUUUCUCUACACGGCGGAGAUGAUAGCAAAAAUGCACAUCCGUGGUAUUGUCAAGGGGGAUAGUUCCUAUGUGAAAGAUCGCUGGUGCGUUUUUGAUGGAUUUAUGGUCUUUUGCAUUUGGGUUUCGUUGGUGUUACAGGUAUUUGAAAUUGCUGAUAUAGUUGACCAGAUGUCACCUUGGGGCAUGUUACGGAUCCCACGACCGCUAAUUAUGAUCCGAGCAUUCCGGAUCUAUUUCCGAUUUGAGCUGCCAAGAACAAGAAUUACAAAUAUUUUAAAGCGAUCAGGAGAACAAAUAUGGAGUGUUUCAAUUUUCCUACUUUUCUUUCUGCUUCUUUAUGGAAUUUUAGGAGUUCAGAUGUUUGGAACAUUCACCUAUCACUGUGUAGUAAAUGACACUAAACCAGGAAAUGUAACCUGGAAUAGUUUAGCUAUCCCAGAUACACACUGCUCACCAGAACUAGAAGAAGGCUACCAGUGCCCACCAGGAUUUAAAUGCAUGGACCUCGAAGAUCUGGGACUUAGCAGGCAAGAGCUGGGCUACAGUGGCUUUAAUGAGAUAGGCACCAGUAUCUUCACAGUCUAUGAGGCCGCCUCCCAGGAAGGCUGGGUGUUCCUCAUGUACAGAGCAAUUGACAGCUUUCCCCGUUGGCGUUCCUACUUCUAUUUCAUCACUUUAAUUUUCUUCCUUGCCUGGCUUGUUAAGAAUGUGUUUAUUGCUGUCAUCAUUGAAACAUUUGCGGAAAUCAGAGUACAGUUUCAACAAAUGUGGGGAUCAAGAAGCAGCACUACUUCCACAGCCACCACGCAGAUGUUUCAUGAAGAUGCUGCUGGUGGGUGGCAGCUGGUAGCCGUGGAUGUCAACAAGCCCCAGGGACGCGCUCCAGCUUGCCUCCAGAAAAUGAUGCGGUCCUCAGUUUUCCACAUGUUUAUCCUGAGCAUGGUAACCGUGGACGUGAUUGUGGCUGCUAGCAACUAUUACAAAGGAGAAAACUUCCGACGGCAAUACGACGAGUUCUAUCUGGCAGAGGUGGCUUUUACAGUUCUUUUUGAUUUGGAAGCACUUCUCAAGAUCUGGUGUUUGGGGUUUACUGGAUAUAUUAGCUCAUCUCUCCACAAAUUUGAGCUGCUACUCGUAAUUGGAACUACUCUUCAUGUGUAUCCAGAUCUUUAUCAUUCUCAAUUCACAUACUUUCAGGUUCUUCGGGUAGUUCGGCUUAUUAAGAUUUCACCUGCAUUAGAAGACUUUGUGUAUAAGAUAUUUGGUCCUGGAAAAAAGCUUGGGAGUUUGGUCGUGUUUACUGCCAGCCUCUUGAUUGUUAUGUCAGCAAUUAGCUUGCAGAUGUUCUGCUUUGUCGAAGAACUGGACAGAUUUACAACAUUUCCAAGGGCAUUUAUGUCCAUGUUCCAGAUCCUUACCCAGGAAGGAUGGGUAGACGUAAUGGACCAAACUCUAAAUGCUGUGGGACAUAUGUGGGCACCUGUGGUUGCAAUCUAUUUCAUUCUCUAUCAUCUUUUUGCCACUCUGAUCCUCCUGAGUUUGUUUGUUGCUGUUAUUUUGGACAACUUAGAACUUGAUGAAGAUCUAAAGAAGCUUAAACAAUUAAAGCAAAGUGAAGCAAAUGCAGACACCAAAGAAAAGCUCCCUUUGCGGCUGCGAAUCUUUGAAAAAUUUCCAAACAGACCACAAAUGGUGAAAAUCUCAAAGCUUCCUUCAGAUUUUACAGUCCCUAAAAUCAGGGAAAGUUUUAUGAAGCAAUUUAUUGAUCGCCAGCAACAGGACACUUGCUGCCUCUUAAGAAGCCUCCCUUCAGCUUCCUCCUCAUCGUGUGAUCACUCCAAACGGUCUGCAAUUGAAGACAACAAAUACAUUGAUCAAAAACUUCGCAAGUCUGUUUUCAGCAUCAGGGCAAGGAACCUUCUGGAAAAAGAGACUGCAGUCACUAAAAUCUUAAGAGCUUGCACUCGACAGCGCAUGCUGAGCGGAUCAUUCGAGGGACAACCGGCAAAGGAAAGGUCAAUUCUCAGUGUGCAGCAUCACAUCCGCCAGGAGCGCAGGUCACUAAGACACGGUUCUAACAGCCAGAGGAUCAGCAGGGGGAAAUCUCUUGAAACUUUGACUCAAGAUCACUCCAAUACAGUGAGAUAUAGAAAUGCACAGAGAGAAGACAGUGAAAUAAAGAUGAUCCAGGAAAAAAAGGAACAAGCAGAAAUGAAAAGGAAGGUGCAAGAAGAGGAACUGAGAGAGAACCAUCCGUACUUUGAUAAGCCACUUUUCAUAGUUGGACGUGAGCACAGGUUCAGAAACUUUUGCCGGGUAGUGGUCCGAGCACGCUUCAACGUAUCUAAAACGGAUCCUGUCACAGGAGCUGUGAAAAAUACAAAGUACCAUCAACUUUAUGAUUUGCUGGGAUUGGUCACUUACCUGGACUGGGUCAUGAUUAUUGUGACCAUCUGCUCCUGCAUUUCCAUGAUGUUUGAAUCACCCUUUCGAAGAGUCAUGCACACAGCUACUUUGCAGAUUGCUGAGUAUGUGUUUGUGAUAUUCAUGAGCAUUGAGCUUAACCUGAAGAUUAUGGCAGAUGGCUUAUUUUUCACUCCAACUGCUGUCAUCAGGGAUUUUGGUGGCGUAAUGGACAUAUUUAUAUAUCUUGUGAGCCUGAUAUUUCUUUGUUGGAUGCCUCAAAAUGUGCCUGCUGAGUCAGGCGCUCAACUCCUAAUGGUUCUUCGGUGCCUUAGACCUCUGCGGAUAUUCAAACUGGUGCCCCAGAUGAGGAAAGUUGUUCGAGAACUUUUCAGUGGCUUCAAGGAAAUUUUUUUGGUCUCUAUUCUUUUGCUGACAUUAAUGCUUGUUUUUGCAAGCUUUGGAGUUCAGCUUUUUGCUGGAAAAUUGGCAAAGUGCAACGAUCCCAACAUUAUUAGAAGGGAAGACUGUAAUGGCAUAUUCAGAAUUAAUGUAAGUGUGUCCAAGAACUUAAAUUUAAAAUUAAGACCUGGAGAGAAAAAGCCUGGAUUUUGGGUGCCCCGUGUUUGGGCAAAUCCCCGGAACUUUAAUUUUGACAAUGUGGGAAAUGCUAUGUUGGCAUUGUUUGAAGUUCUCUCCUUGAAAGGCUGGGUGGAAGUGAGGGAUGUUAUUAUUCAUCGUGUGGGGCCGAUCCAUGGAAUCUAUAUUCAUGUUUUUGUUUUCCUGGGUUGCAUGAUUGGACUGACCCUUUUUGUUGGAGUAGUUAUUGCUAAUUUCAAUGAAAACAAGGGGACGGCUUUGCUGACUGUAGAUCAGAGAAGAUGGGAAGAUCUGAAGAGCAGACUGAAGAUUGCACAGCCUCUUCAUCUCCCACCUCGUCCGGAUAAUGAUGGUUUUAGAGCUAAAAUGUAUGACAUAACCCAGCACCCAUUUUUCAAGAGGACAAUUGCAUUACUUGUUCUGGCCCAGUCAGUGCUGCUAUCCGUAAAGUGGGACGUCGAAGAUCCAGUGACCGUUCCUCUGGCAACAAUGUCGGUUGUUUUCACCUUCAUCUUUGUUCUGGAGGUUACAAUGAAGAUCAUAGCAAUGUCACCUGCUGGCUUCUGGCAAAGCCGAAGAAAUCGAUACGAUCUCCUGGUGACGUCGCUGGGCGUUGUAUGGGUGGUGCUUCACUUUGCCCUCCUGAAUGCAUAUACGUACAUGAUGGGCGCUUGUGUGAUUGUCUUUAGAUUUUUCUCUAUCUGUGGGAAACAUGUGACCUUAAAAAUGCUGCUUCUGACAGUGGUGGUCAGCAUGUACAAAAGCUUCUUCAUCAUAGUGGGAAUGUUCCUGUUGCUGCUGUGUUAUGCUUUUGCCGGAGUUGUUUUAUUUGGGACUGUGAAAUACGGAGAGAACAUCAACAGGCAUGCAAAUUUUUCUUCAGCUGGCAAAGCUAUCACCGUUCUGUUCCGCAUUGUCACAGGGGAAGACUGGAACAAGAUCAUGCAUGACUGUAUGGUUCAGCCUCCCUUUUGUACUCCAGAUGAAUUUACAUACUGGGCAACAGAUUGUGGAAAUUAUGCUGGGGCACUUAUGUAUUUCUGUUCAUUUUAUGUCAUCAUUGCCUACAUCAUGUUAAAUCUGCUUGUAGCCAUAAUUGUGGAGAAUUUCUCCUUGUUUUAUUCCACUGAAGAGGACCAACUUCUAAGUUAUAAUGAUCUUCGCCACUUUCAAAUCAUAUGGAAUAUGGUGGAUGAUAAAAGAGAGGGGGUGAUUCCCACAUUCCGCGUGAAGUUCCUGCUGAGGCUGCUGCGUGGGAGGCUGGAGGUGGACCUUGACAAGGACAAACUUUUGUUUAAGCACAUGUGCUAUGAGAUGGAGAGGCUGCAUAAUGGUGGCGAUGUCACUUUCCAUGAUGUUCUGAGUAUGCUUUCAUACCGAUCAGUUGACAUCCGGAAAAGUUUGCAGUUGGAGGAGCUCCUUGCAAGGGAGCAACUGGAGUACACCAUAGAGGAGGAAGUAGCCAAGCAGACCAUUCGCAUGUGGCUGAAAAAGUGCUUAAAACGCAUCAGAGCCAAGCAGCAGCAGUCCUGCAGCAUCAUCCACAGCCUGAGGGAGAGUCAACAGCAAGAGCUGAGCCGGUUUCUGAAUCCCCCCAGCAUCGAGACCACCCAGCCCAGUGAGGACAUGAACGCCAACAGUCAGGAGAACAACAUGCAGCCCGAGCAGACAAGCAGCCAGCAGCAGCUCCUGAGCCCCACCCUGUCGGACAGAGGGGGCAGUCGGCAAGACUCAGCGGACGCAGGGAAGCCCCAGAGGAAGUUUGGGCAGUGGCGCUUGCCCUCAGCACCAAAACCAAUAAGCCAUUCAGUAUCCUCCGUCAACUUACGGUUUGGGGGGCGGACAACAAUGAAAUCUGUAGUGUGCAAAAUGAACCCCAUGACUGAUGCAACUUCCUGUGGUUCCGAAGUUAAGAAGUGGUGGACUCGACAGCUGACCGUGGAGAGCGACGAAAGUGGAGAUGACCUUCUGGAUAUUUAGGUGGAAUCCAAUGCAGACGAAAAUCUAAUGAUGAAAACUCUUUUCUGAUCAUUUCCUUGAUUGUCUAGUGAAAAAUUUGUAAUUUAUAUAUCAUUUAAUUCAACGUUUCACUUUGAAUUGAUUUUUGUCCUGCCAUAGGAAGGCAUAUAAAAACUGGUGUGUCAAAGCUGUGUAUAUAAUGGUUUAUUAUCAUGUGUUCAAGAAAAUUUGUAUAAUGGCAGUAUUGAUAACAUUAGAAGCUAUAUCAACAGCAGAUGUAGAUCAUUUAAAAAUUUCAUAUAUUCCAUUUCUAUAAACUAAGGUGUAUUAUUCAUAUGUGCUCUUAUGUAUUAUCACCCCUCCUCCAAAAGUGUGACACCCAUAGUGGCUAUUCAUAGUACAGAGCUAUAGCUUUAGUUUGUGUUUUUCCCAGUUCAACUAGAAAUACUUCUAUUGGGAGAAUUUAAUAUUUAUGAUUGAUCUGAAAAGGUCAGCACUGAGCUCAUGCUAACAUGAUAGCAGUUUUACAAACUACAGAUACCGAAUUUUAAAAAGUGUAUUCUUUUUCUUAUGUUAUUUUUUUUAAAUAUGCACAAGAUAUUUAGUGAACAGAACAAGUCUAUUUCUGGCCUUAGUCCCCCUAAUGAAACUAUUGCUUGCUUCCAAGAGAGUUAUGUUUUCAGGUACUAGGCGAAGAAUUUGCCCCAAGGAGCUAACUAGCUAAAAACAAACCUGUAGAUGGGUCACUUGGAGACAUGGUUAUGCAAAAGUGUUGAGUUUCUUUGAAAGCCUUUUAAAUAACUGAGUUUAGCAUCAACAGUAAACUCUACAUGAUUCAAUUUAUGAAAAAAUAAUCUCUGUGUGUAUGAUGUUAUCACUGGCCUCACUUCUUACCCAGGUAAUGUUCGUUUGGUCAUAAUCAGCAGAGGGAUUGUCAAUUGAUUCCUACACACCAUUGCUAUGUUUAAUUCAAAGUGACUCUCCUGCUACCAGAAUUUCCUAUGGAAAUAAUGGUACCCUGCAAAAUCUCACUCUGAACUCAGUUUAGGUAUCUUUCAACAUAAACUGUAUAUGUUUUACGCAUCAGUGGUCCACAUCCUCUGGGAAAAUGAGAAAUGUAAAAUGAUUAUAGUAAUGUUGGGCCUCUUAUGCUGGAUCAACAAAGUGGAAGUGAGUUUGGACCUUCAAAUACAUUUUAUUCUUGGUUGGAGAUUUGCUGUUUAGAUUAUUUUAAAAUUGAGAGAUUAUCUCAGAAUCCUUUGCCUCCAGGAUACUUUAUGAUCUCUUUUCACUAUUUAAAAUUCUUAAAAUAGCCAAAUUCACCAUUCUUUCUGUAUAACAAAUGUGACAUUGUGGUGACAUUCAAUUGUUUAUAGGAUUAAUUGUGACUAUGAGAUAAUGGGAAAUUAAAGUCAGUGUGGCUGAAAGGAUUUUAUUUGCUUUUAUGUUCAUUUGGAGUUUAUCUUUUGUACAUAAGAAAAUUAAAUAAAUAUUGAAUUUGUAAAAGAA